AUGGCCGAUCCAUUUGGAGUCAUUGGCGUGAUUGGCGUCGCCAUCCAGAUCGUUCAAGUUGGUGUCCAAUAUGGAUUGGAUUGGAAAGACGCUCCAGCCGAAGCCAAAAGCUUCAUAGCCGAGCUCGAAGUUCUGAAAACCGUCCUAGCAGAAACGAAAAAGAACAUUCUGGACAAUAAAGAGUUUGCAGAUGCGUUCAAGGGACGGAAUUCAGCCCUGCUUUCACACCUUGGAGACGGUGAGCAAGGGACAGACACUUCUCUUUUGGUAUCAACCUGUCGCACCGAGCUGGAAUCUCUCCUUGGGAAUUUGGAGGCUCGAUGUCAGCGCCAUCGAAUAGGAUGGGAACGGAUAAAGGGGGCUUUUCAGGCUAGAAAAACCCGAGAAGCUGUUGAGAACGUGCAUCGGCAUUGCCAGACCUUGAACAGCAUGGCAGUGAUCGAUACGCUGGGCUCGGGGCAAGCGCAUACAACAUCGUCCACCGACAAAAUGACUCGGCUCUGA